CCGAAAAGUCCGCGUUUGUUGUUGUUCAGCAGCGUGGUAAUGUGGAAGAGUGCUGAUGAGAGUUGAGAUGAUAUUUCAGAAGCACAAACACAAAUAUUGUCUACGUGAGCGAUUUUUUUUCGACUGGCUCGUCGAGUGUCCUCGUAUUAAGAGCAUCUUGAGGUACGCAAAGAUUGCUCAUGGUCCGAUGUGCAGCAUUCACAUUAUACAACUUACUUACCUUUUGCCAUCGCGCUCGACAAAAAAAUGAAAAAUUUCACCCAGCCUCAUACACAGAACAAAUAGUAUAGAUCGAUAUGAAAAAUUUGAAUUAUCUUUUCCCCUAGUAGCACCCAACCACAACAUGGUCUUUUUUCUCUCAGCCCGCGCGAAACAAAAAUGUUGCGUCUUAACAACUGUUCUGAGUCUCCAUGCGUUGCUAGUGCAUGCCAGCAUGCCGAUACACGACGGUUGGUUUUGGUUGUUGUUGGGCCUGGCUGUGUUCAACUACCUGGCCACGGCUUUGUCCGAUCCAGGCUACGUAGGAGGGAUACCCUCAAACCGGGACACGGACACGACACCACCCGGUCUUGCCGACGACGUCUUCAAUCCGUCACCUACGUAUCCUGCGGAAAAACAUCCCCGCCCCAGAGGCAAGAUGAUACUUUUCAAGACCACGCGUUUCUGCUGUAGUCGCGGGCGAUAAGCUUGGCUCGCAGUUUAAUGGUGCGGUUUAGCUAUUGCAGCCGCGUCAAAAUUGAUUCUAGCAUUCGUUACUGAUUCUAGCAUUUUGACUUUGAGAAGCAAGCUCCCAGAGUGAUAGUAUUAGAAAACGCUUCCCACGGGGCUGCGCAUGAGAAACAUUUUAGGACUGCAGCUUUCUAUGAGGAUUAACAAGAGUAAUAUGGCGUGGGGCCGGUUUCAUACAGGAUACGCCAGCGAUGUUUUCCACGGCAAGGCAGCAGCUGCUGGUACGCAAUGGAGGCGAAGAAGGAGAUACUAGAGGAGUGAUACAGCAGGACGCGAAAACAUUUAACGGCCAGCAUGUUGAUAGUAGAAGUACAGCAGCAGAAGUCUCCUUAGGAGGCGGAACACGACUGUCACAAAACGAGGGCAACUAUACAGUGAGGACCGGCGAUGGCUCGUCAUCGACAUCGUCGGCAGGAGGAGCUUCCGCUACGCUCUAUGAUGCUACCACGACAUCGCAAAAAUGGUGCAGCAUCUGCAAUUGCGAGCAAGCUCUGCGCACAAAACACUGCCGGGACUGUCAGCGCUGCGUUAGGACCCACGACCACCACUGUCCGUGGGUAGACAGCUGCGUCGGUGAAGGAAAUCGUGCCUUUUUCUUUGCCUUCAUCCUGUUCCAGUUUUUGGAAACAGCGCUCUGCAUGUCCCAUGUCGUGCGCCGCGUAGUAUUGAGCACCGGCGGAGGUAGGGACACUGACAUGUAUAGCGACGCUGACGAAGAGGGCUCGAAUAGCUUGCUGCUAGGGGAAAUAAAUGUGGUGGAUGGAAAGAAAGUGGAGAUGAACCGGAUCGAUCUCGAUGCACAGUACAGCACACAGCAGGAAAAAAUGCUAGACGAAGCAAAGCGAACCAAGAUGCUGAUGACAGAGGGGCACCACCCAGAUAUAAGCAGCAGCGCUGUCCGUGGCGCACUGCUUGGAAAGCAUUCUCAGAGUUACCAAGAUGAACUCUAUGCGGGGACCACGAGGCCGUCAACGUCGGGAAUGGUUGUGGCCCAGGAACUACAACAGGUCCGCCAGCACUACGACGCCCUUUCCUCGGCGAAUCACGGCACGUCCAGAGCGCAGGUAUCGCCCACCGCUACCGUCAACGACAUUGCGCUACUGCUCGUGCUCGCGAUUAUUGCGUUUGCACUUUUCCUCCUUUUCUGCACUCACGUGUAUCUGAUAUCCGCCAACCUGACGACGUAUGAAAUGACGCGGCGUCAUCGGGUGCCGUACCUGCAGAAUCUCCGUAAGGGCUCGCCGUUCAGCGAAGGCUGUUUCCAGAAUUGGGCCGCAUAUUUACUGCUCGGCCGCACCCCCUGCUGGCGGGCAUCGCCCUGGUACCGCAGGAAAGCCGUGGCGAUAGUGAAGAACAUCAACGGCUGCUGCACUUCAUCUUCCCGGUUUCUCCGCUGGUUGAUCUUCCCGAGAACAGGAAACAACAGAGCAAACAGACUAAUCCACCAGCGAGCGCUUGUUCUUCCAAAUAACCGCGCAACAGCACUGCAGGAAGGCCGUCGCGGAGGAAGCCCAUCUUGGUCCAUAGUCGAAUCCGGCUCGACUUCCACCACAACAUCUUUGCAUCUUCAGGGCAUACGCAGCACAGGGAUCACCCCUGGGUCGACGGAAGCGUGCAAUAAUUAUGGGGAAAAGGACGCGCUAAAUCGGUACGAUUCUCGUUUUCCUGGUGACGAGGCUGUGGAGGCUCCUGCUUCGAUAUUUAUUCAGGGGGAGGAUGCCGGCGGGAGCGGGACGCCAAUAAUGUCCGGAGAGGAUGCCAAUAUUCUUGUAUCGGAACAAGCCGGACACAAUGCGGAGACUGUUGACUUUGAAACGAAUGCAGAGGCGGCCGAAGAAGGCCGCAUGGAAAUGCAUUUAUUUGUCGAAACCGAGAACUACACGAUGAACAUGGCUUGUGCCCCGGACCCGGUCACAGGACACAUAACCUGGACUCCGGGCACGGCCCACGUGCCGUUUUGUCUCACAAUAUGCAACCCCUGCGUCUACGACCAAUGACAAGAGAAACAAGACGAAAAAAACCCCCGCAAUAUUCUUGCAACAGCAACUUGCUUUUGAUUUCAAACUGAAGAGUACACAAACGCAGAGACAGAGAGCGAAAAGAAGAGGCUCAGUUUCCUGCGCGUUAGCUCGUUCACUUAUUAAGUAAUUUGUGCU